CUUGGUAAGACCAUUCCCUUAUGCGUCAACAGUUCAUAGAAAAGGUGUGUGGAGUUUUCCCGCAGCUGACAGGAAACUAGGAAUGGUUGCAUGGAAUUUUUGCAACAAAGGAGAAGCGACGUGGUAGCAUACUCAGUUAUUUAGGGAGAAUAUAACUCAAUGCCUCUUGUUUGGAAACUACACCCUCAAGAAUCCCUGGACACUAUUUGCCAACAGCUGACUUUUUCUAAUUGCUGUGCUUUAUGGCUGUCUUUGAAGUUGUGAAGUGGAAUACAAGCUGGAUUCAAAUUAACGUCUUUCUAUGUAGAUAUUUUGAUCACACAACGUUUAAUUUUUACAAGUAAUCGACCUAUUUCAGGUAACGUCGGUUAUUCGAGCCCCAUCGUUUUUGCUUAACCCAGAUGGUUAGUGCUGAAUCUUCCAACCCGGCACCAUGAGUUUUGCUGAGCUCUUAGACCACGUUGGGGGGAUGGGUCGCUUCCAAAUAAUCUAUGUUAUCUUACUGGCUAUCCCAGUUUUCAUGAUGGCCAGCCAUAACCUCCUGCAGAACUUCACUGCUGCCACCUCUGAGCACCACUGCCAUGUCCAUAUCAACAUCAGCAACACUCCUUACACCAACCUUACCGGAAAGCUCACUGCCAAGGACCUCCUCAGGGUCUCCAUCCCCAUGGACAGCAAGCUGCAGCCAGAGAAGUGUCACCGCUUUGUCACUAUGCAGUGGCAGCUCCUAGACUCCAACGUCACAAUCACAAACCUGACCGAGCUGGAGACUGAACCUUGUGCUGAUGGAUGGGUGUACGACAAGAGCAUUUUCACCAGCACCAUCAUUACAGAGUGGGACCUGGUGUGUGACUCCCGGCAGCUGAAGCAGAUGGCUCAGUCCAUCUACAUGGCUGGGAUCCUGGUGGGAGGCAUCAUCUUUGGAGGUCUGUCAGACAGAUUUGGCCGCAGGUCUCUCUUGAUCUGGUGCUACUUGCAGAUGGCUGUCACGGGCACCUGCACUGCCUUCUCACCCAGCUUCACUGCCUACUGCAUCUUCCGUUUCCUGACUGGAAUGGCCUUCUCAGGCAUUGUGAUGAACGGUGUCUCUCUGUCUGUUGAAUGGACACCCACCCGCACACGGGCCAUUGUGGGCACCAUGUAUGGAUACUGCUACACAAUCGGACAGUUCAUUCUGGCUGGAAUGGCUUAUGCCAUCCCCAGUUGGCGCUGGCUGCAGCUUGUGGUGUCUUUGCCCUAUUUCAUCUUCUUCAUCUGCUCCUGGUGGUUCGCAGAGUCCGCCCGCUGGCUGGUGAUAGCCGGCAGACCCGACGAGGCAGUGAAGCAGCUCCAGAGAGUGGCCAGGAUAAACAGGAAAAAGGAAGAAGGAGAAAAACUCAACUCAGAGGUCUUGAGAUCCCAUAUGCAGAAAGAAAUAGCCUCUGCAAAGAGCAGCUAUACCUACAUCGACCUGGUGCGGACCCCUGUCGUACGCCGGAUCUCCUUCUGCCUCUGCUUUGUAUGGUUCUCCACCAGCUUUGCCUAUUAUGGGUUGGCCAUGGACCUGCAGAAUUUCGGUGUCAAUAUCUUCUUGAUCCAGCUGGUCUUUGGAGCUGUUGAUUUCCCAGCGAAGUUCAUCUCGGUCCUCACAAUCAGCUUCAUCGGGCGCCGGUUCACACAGGCCUUGGCCCUCAUCCUGGCUGGACUCUCUAUCUUGGCCAACAUCUUUGUCCCACAAGAUCUGAAGAUCCUGCGCACCGUUCUGGCUGUCUUUGGAAAAGGCUGUCUUGCUGCCUCCUUUAACUGCGUUUAUCUCUACACGAGUGAGCUGUACCCCACAGUGAUUAGGCAGACCGGCAUGGGUUUGACCAACACCAUGGCUCGCCUGGGCAGCAUAACUGCCCCAUUGGUAAAGAUGUUGGAGGAAUACAUUCCCUUCCUGCCACUGAUCAUUUAUGGAGCUGCCCCAAUCAUCUCCGGCAUUGCAGCGAACUUCCUGCCCGAGACGCUCAACGUGCCAUUGCCUGAGACCAUAGAGGAGGUGGAGACACGAUCCAGGCAUCUGAGAGAUGAAGAACAACAAAUGAAGAUCCUUCUGAAACCCACCAUGCCAGACCCAGCCAAGGAAGCCAGUUAAGGAAAGAAAAAAUGAGUAACUGUUGUAGGAUCUACGGGUAAAAUUUUCAAAAGUGCCUUAGGAGCCUAUGUUCCAUUUUCACCAGUGACUUAGCCACUCCCAUGCCUCAUCUACCUGAGCACUUCUGAAAAUCCCACUGGGCACUUAUCUGAAUCUCUUGGUACCUAAGUACCUUUGAAAAUGGGGGCUUAGGCAUUUUUGAAGACUCCACCCUAUCUCUUUUACUGUUUUAAUCAUGGCAAAAGUAAUAUGCAGGCAUCAGUGACAACUCCAUAGGAGUUGAAUUUUGCACUUAAUGCAGGGAAUCAACCUCUUCAAAAAGCAUGUUUACCUCCAAAUCACAGCAGGAAUUUAUACCACGGGACCUGCUGGUGUGUAAGGUGGGGGACACGACUCAAUUACUCUAUGUAGCUCCUCCAUGUAGUUCAAAACCUGGUGUUGCACUCUGCUGCGAUCCAACAUAUGGUACCCAACAGCUCAGCAAAUAUUUUCAGGCCAGAUCCUCAGCGAGUGUUAAUCGACGUAGUUGAGGACUGACCCAGUACUGCAGGACAGUCACGUAGUGGCAAUUCUUAAGGGAAUUCUAAAAGAAUAUGUACAGAAAUGGUGGCAGAAUAUAGGAACUGCUGGACUGACCACAGCCAAGGUCCAUGUAGUCUCUCUGACAGUGGUCAGCGAUAGAUGCCUUAUAGGAAGGUGUGAGAAAUCUGCAGUGGGCAGAUAUGAAAUAAUCUCCGCACCAUUAAAUCUCACCCUGAUCUUGAAUAGUCAUUAAAGUUGGGCAAAACAUGGAUUUUUCAGCUCACUCGCAAUUUGGAAAAAUCAAGGGAAAACACACAUUUUGGCUGAAAAUGAAAUUGUUCAAAAUUUUCA